AUGAUGACUCAGAAAGGUCAAUUUAGAAUUGGCUUCAUAGAGGAGCUGAAGAUGCAGAUCCUUGAUUUGAGAUAUACCAAGGGGAAGCUCAGCAUGUUUGCCCUGCUGCCUUCUCGCUCUGCAGAUAAUGUGAAGGGCCUGGAAGAGCUUGAAAGGAAAAUUGCCUAUGAAAAAAUAGAGGCCUGGAGCAGCUCAGAAAAUUUGUCAGAAGAAAUGGUCUCCUUCCCCCAGUUCACCUUGGAAGACAGCUAUGAUCUCAAUUCUAUUCUACAAAACAUGGACAUUAUGGACAUCUUUGAUGAAAUGAAGGCUGAUCUUACGGGAAUCUCUCCAAGUCCCAAUUUGUGUUUGUCAAAAGUGAUCCACAAGACUGUUGUAGAGGUGGAUGAAAAUGGCACGCAGGCUGUGGCCACCAGCGGGGCUGUUGGCGUGGACAGGUCAAUGCAGUCCUGGGUGGAGUUUAAUGCUGACCACCCGUUCCUCUUUUUCAUCAGACACAACAAAACCCAAACCAUUCUCUUCUAUGGCAGGGUCUGCUCUCCUUGA